AUGGCUCUCCUCCGACUCCAAGAGCAGUGCUCGCUCCUCCGAAUCUCCAGCUCCCACCACCCAAAUCCUCUCGAUGCCCCAAGAAAUCCUCGCAAGAACCAGCUUUUACUGCCCAAUGCGGCCAAGACUUCCAACGCCUCCGAAAUCCCGGUUCCUCGCAUCCCCACCAGCGCUUCCAAGGCCGCAGUCCUGGCGCCGAAGGCGGCGCUUUGCCUGGACGCCCUUGUCCCCGUUACCGCCGCCCUCGCGUCCUGGCCUCUCCCUUCCCUUGCGGCGGAGGGCGACGGGAAAGUGAGCCUCGAGUCCAUCGUGGUGGCAAUCGACGACUUCAACAACCGCAACCCUUUCUUCGUGGCUGGGGUCGUGUUCGUGUGGCUAGUGGUGAUCCCGCUCGUGCAGGAGUACGUCUUCAAGAAGUACAAGCCCGUGAGCGCCAUCGAUGCGUUCCGCAAGCUACGCGACGUGCCGGAGGCGCAGCUGCUGGACAUCAGGCGGGGCAAGAGCGUGCGGUUCAUGGCGCCACCGAACCUGAAGCUUGUCGACAAGAGCACCGUGCAGGUGGAGUUCGACGAGGAGGACGACAAGGGGUUUGUCAAGGAGGUGCUGGCGAGGUUUCCAGACCCGGCGAACACCGUCGUCUGCGUCCUUGACAAGUGA